AUGAGCAUCAUAUGGGUGGGCACUUCAGAGAUGGGAUCCCGUCAACUCCCUUUUCAAACUGUUAGAGACAUCACACGUUCAAGAACGCCUAAGAAGAAGACCCCCCCUCCGGCAGUGACUCUCCCUCCACUGUGCCCAAAAUUACCCCCUCUCCCCUCGGUGUUUGUGAGUCGGCCGCUGUUCAGCCGAAUCGCCUUCCUCCCCAGCCCCCCCUCUUCAUCAGCGGGGGAUCCUCCUCAUCACAUCGCCCAGGUCGGACCCCGGAGAUCCAUAGAGGACACAAAAUGGAAAGUGCCUCAUUUGAUGCCGGCCCUGACUGAUUCCUCACAACUAAGACAUCCUGCUGGGUUGUUCUCACUGAGUGAAAAGGAGAAAGAUGAAUUAUCAAAAAUUACAGCACGCAAGGAGAAGAACCAAAGGGCUGUUGAAAAAUGUGGGAAAGCGACCAAACCUAAUAAACAUCCACUGACUGGACAUGAAGUCUUUCAAAUGUUUACCCAGAAAGAAUACCAGGCAGAAUUGAAGAUUUAUUACCUGAAAGAAGCAGAUGAAGAGUCUCACAGACCUUAUGACCUGGAAGUGGUGCAGUUCGAUGAAGCCGGCUCAGAGCAUUACGUCUUCUCCCCCCUGUCGGUGCUGCACGCCACAGAGACGGGUUAUGGGGGGGUCGUGAGUCUGGCUGACUGGAACAUCGAGUCUGUGCUGUGGACGUCUUUGAAGGAAAUCCCAUUUUUCAGGGACUACCGGCUGAAGAAGACUUUCACCUGGUGGAAUAUAAAUAUCCGCGAGAUGGUUUUCCAGCGCAGGUGUGAGGCCCUGCAGGACCAGCUGCUUGUGGCUGUACCUCAGUUCAGAAGUUCUCUUCAUCUGAUCGCCGGCCUGACUGAAGCUCUGAACGAGGCACACUGGCUUCCCCACGACGAAUCUCAAACCUACACGUUGAUGGAAUUCAAGAACGUUCUGACGACCAGGAGUCAAGAGGGUCUUCACGUUCUGGAGACGUUAUCACAGCAUCGCACUGCCAUCCUGAACGCGGUGAAGGAGAACUGCGUGAAGUCGCACCAGGAGCUGCAGCUACACCUAAAAUACGCUAAGAAGCUCAAUAAAUGCUACGAACCCAUUUACCUGCACCUGGCUCACAAGCAGGACCUGGAGAAGGAGCUGGCUCGGGCGGAGACGGCUCUGCAGAAACUGGGGAUCUUCGGUUCCCUCGUGGAUCGGAUGAUUGUGCAGAGUCUCGUCACAGUCAUCCGUCAAGACGUCCGCUUUUUCCUCAGCAACUUUCUGAAGAGAGAUAAAUCUCCGCUGUGUAGUCUCUUCUACACUGAGCUGUGUUUCGAUGCGAGCAGUCAGCUGACUGUGGCCCCCCCGCUACGUCUGUUCCAAGAAGCAGUGAGUGAAGCACUGCUGACCGUUGUCGACUCCAUUGUUCAGAUGUGCGACACUUGUGGAUUCUUCUUGGAAAUCAGCAGCAGCGUGGAUACAGACGACGAGAGUUCGGAUAGUGAUCAGGAUUCAAGUCCUGACCUCGGGUGCAUCAAACCUCCUUCUAUCACAGGGGACAAGCAGAUCAGAGGUGGAAGGAGACGUCGUAGAAAGUUCUGUUGCUUGCAGCUGCUCAUGGACCAGCCAGCUCUCGGUCUGGUGCCACCGAACCAAACCCAGUCGAUGGUGCUGGGCAACGCGGUGCACGGCUGCUUCCACCCGCUCACCAAGGCCCAGCUGGAGUCGCAGAUCAGGAUCAGUGACCUUUCAGAAGUCGUUGAGAGAGAGUCGAUGACGAUCAUGAAGGAAGCUGAAUUAGAAAUCCUGCAGCUGUGUGAGAGCAGCACGUUUUUAGUGGACAGUCAUUCGUUCAUUCGUCAAUGCACUGGAGCUUUCUUGGAAUCCAUGAAGGGUCAGCCGGCUCUACAGUACGAGGAGCAUAUUCUAAACAUCCGCAGAUGGACUCAACAAAUCAACCUGGUUCCCUCAACGAUCUCCACCUCCAACCAAGUGUUCAUAAUCUACUGUGCCCACCUGACGGAAACUCUAGGGCGCCAUUUGAGGGACAUUGAGCAGGAGAUACUCCGGCAGCUGGUUGAGCAGAUAAAGCUGCGGUCAGAGAACCUGGUAUCAGACCUGGAGAAGAACACAGCCGAACUCAAGACGGAACCAAUACACCUGGAUGACUUCUCUGAAUAUUCUCUCAUGGUGACAGAGUCUUGGAGAAUGCACUCAGACACUCAGAAGCAGUUGGUUUACAUCCACUCGCUCCAGGAAACCGUCGGCAGGACCCACAGACAGAUGACUGAGGAGGAGCGGACUCUGGAAGAAAAGAUGCUGGGCCUGUGGGACUGCUUCACACCCGUCUUGGAGAAGGCAGAGAGGAUUGUAUGGCAUCGUCUUCCCACGGUGGCAAAUGCAUUGGACACGAUGGUCCCAUUUUUGGUCUCUGACCUUAAAAGUACUGUCUCUAAAGCUACAUGUGGACCCUCCCUAGACCCCACACAGAGCGUCAAAGAGACAGCCUCCAAACUGAAGAACAUGUGGACUCACAUGCUCAAUCUGAAUGAAAAGCUGGAGGAACUUAACAGGAUCGGACGCAACCUACACGAACCGACAGUGGAUCUGACCUCUUUGACCCCGGAUAUUCAGAAGAUCACAGCCUGUAAAGACUUGUGGGAGCUGAAAGCUGCGUACACAGCAUGGACAGAAGAAUGGAAACUGCUCAAUCUCAGUGAGGUUGUGGUGUUACAAGGCCAGGAGAAAAUUGCCAAGUGGAAGGAGCAGACUCUGUCUAUAGCAAGCAUCAUUCCUACCCAUGAUGCAGUUCUGCAGGACACUUUGGGAAAUCUGGAAAACCUAAGCUUUCAGCUUUCAGUCGUGGCCCAGCUGCAGAGCCCCACUUUGAAACAUAGACACUGGAGCGCUAUUUCCAAAGGCAUGGGCACACUCUAUGUCCAGGAGAAGACGGUCACUGUUGCUGACCUCAUGUCUGAAAAGCUUCAAGAUCACCAGGAAGUCAUUAGCAAGAUAUGCAGGGAUGCACAAGCAGAACGUGACAUGGAGGAAACCUUCAAAGAGCUUCAGCGCGGAUGGAAAGCAAAACUCUUUCAGCUGGAAAGAUUCACCCACUGUGUUCUGCAGCGUUGUCGGCCACAACGUAUAUUGAAGGCGGCAGGGAUACCCACCGAGGGCUUUGCCUCCAGGCUCCAAGCUGCCAGUCGAUGCUCCUGUGCAGAAAUAACAUUCACCAUUAUUGGUCUUGAAAUACACUUUGCUGAGAUAGAGAAUGAUUUGUUGGCUCUGUCCAUCAUGUUAAAGUCUCCGCACAGUCUUGACUUCAGGCAGCAGCUGGAAGAGUGGGUGCAAUCUCUGCAAGAUCUCGAGAACCUGCUCGAUUUAUUUGAAAGAUUCCAGCAAAUAUGGACCUUCCUGAUGUUGAAUGAAAAGUUCUUGCGGGUUCAACGAGUGGAUCUGCUGGAGAAGUUCAAACCGGUUGAUGAGACAUUCAAGCAAAUCAUGCGUGGUACAACAGGAUGCCCUGAGGUGUUGAGAUUCGUACAUUCCACAAAUACAAAUGGGAAGUUUCAUGGUAAAAGUCUUUGCCGGAUACUCAUUGGUGGUUUGUCUACAAUGGAAUCGAUUUCCAACCAGAUGGGGGAUUUCCUGGAUGCCAUCCGCAAGAAGUUUCCAAGACUCUGGUUCUUGAGCGACAGGGAAGUAACACAACUACUCUCCUUUCACCCCGUGCCUUCCAAGCUGCUACCCUAUGUACGCAAAUGCUUUAGAGGGAUCCACUCGCUUGAGCUGCAAAGUGAAACUCCAUCUGAUACAAGAGAUGGAAAGCCCGACGGGGUUUCAUCUGGAAUCCAUAGACAGAUAAAGGUCCUGGGGGUUUUCUCCAGCCUCCAGGAGCACAUCAGCUUCCUGUCUGCUUUAGAAUCAAACCCUAAUGCAUUGGAUUGGUUUUGUCAAUUUGAGAAACAAUUACAAUUGACCAUGAUGGAGCUUAUAAAACAAUGUAAUGUUGCUCAAUACCAGCUUCAACAAGCCUGUACAGAUCUGGCAUGUGACGAGAAAAGCUUGCUUCAAUAUGAGCAUGGCAGACAAAAUAUUGAAUGUGUGCUGGCUCUUUUUACUGAGUUCCCUCUCCAGUGUCUGCUGGUGGCUGAGGAGGCAGUCUGGUCCAGUUUUGUUCUCAAAGCUCUCCGAGAAUCAAGCCCAGUGAAGCUGAGACACAUAAAGGCCUACAACUCGGCAAAACUGAGAAACCUUUGCCGUUUUAUAAGAGACAGAUAUACAGGGGCAGAUCGGGAAUCUCUGGUUUCUAGAUACAUGAUGGUGUGUCUGGGUGCUUCAGUGCAACUUACAAUGAAUCAUGCUCAGCAGCUGACUCAACUCAUGGAGGUGCGGUGUGAUCCGGAGUCAUCUUACGAGUGGCUUACCGCGAUGAAGUAUCAUAUAAACUCAGAAGAUCAGAGUUUGAAAUGCGCUCGUGAGCCAGCCUGUUAUGUUGAUGUUUUUGGCCAUCGCCUCCAAUAUGGCUACGAGUACUUUGGUCCAGAAGACUUGGUGAUGGUGCAAACUCCUUCUACCGAUCGGGCAAUACUGGGGAUUCUCCUUGCUCUGACAAGCUACAGAUGUGGGUUUGUGAGCGGACCCUGCAUGUCUGGAAAGAAAAAUACCGUGCUCCAGUUUGGAAAAGCGCUGGCGCGGCAGGUUGUCACUGUGCAGUGUUAUCCAAGCAUGAGACUUGAUGUUGUCCAGCAGAUGCUGUUCGGUGCCCUCCUGACUGGAGCAUGGCUUUUGUUUGACUCUGUGGACUUACUAACACAAGGGGUCCUAUCAUCACUGGGACAGCAUCUAUUAGACAUCCACCAGUGUUUCAAUGGGUUUACAGAAAAUGGGAAUCAAAGAGUACGCAAUAAGCGAAAGGACCAGACUUCCGAUAAGGUCGGUGGAUUUACAAAAACUGUUCAGGAAUGCCGAAUGAUACUCGCAGGGAAAGACAUCUCUGCAAACCUCGACUAUGGAUGUGUUGUCAUCUCUUCAACACGGUACACAUUUGAGCUUCCGGAGAGUCUGCGAUUUGCAAUGAGACCAGUGGCUCUGACCCAUCCCAGUUACAGGAUCAUUGCAGAAGUUACUCUGACUUCCAUUGGCUUCUCAGAUGCAAUGCCUUUGAGUCAACGUCUGGUGUCUCUCAUCAAUCUGGCUCAGGAUUGUCACUGUCUGCCUCAUUUCAUCACUGACAACCAGAGCUGCUUUCUUGUUGUCCUGCAAAAGAUCAUCUCUGCCUCUGAAAUACAUUUAAAUCAAAUUGUAAGGCAACAAAAAAUGUCAGAUGAAGCUAGAGGAGCAGCUGCAGAAAACACUGAUCCUGUGUCUUCUGAAAAUGUGUCUGCCACAGAUUCUGAGGCUGAAAGUGAAGAAUUUGAAAAGCGCCCAACGUUGCACAGUUCUCGUUUGUUAAUCAUGCAGAGCUUAAUGGAAGAAAGAGCCCUCGUAGAAGGCAUUAUUUCGGUCUUACUACCUUCUCUGUACGACCACAAGAAAGCCUUGCGGUUCUACACCAUUUUCAAGGAUGCUUUCCCAACCGCAUUGGAGUUUCCUCUUUUCCAACAAUAUUUUGAAGAAGAAAAAAACAUUAAACUUAAAGAAGCAAUAACAGAAGAACUGCAAUGGAAGCAGCUGCAUCCUGACAAAGAAACCAUCUCCAACGCUCUCACACUUUACCAGACUAUGGAAUCGUCUCAGGCAGUUCUGCUCAUAGGCCCGUCAGGCAGUGGAAAAACCACCUGUCACUCUGCUCUGGCUGGAGCACUCAACAGUCUGGCUGCCAAGGCAAUGGAGUUUGAAAAUGACAGUGUGACAAGAGGAGACGCCCAUGAGGGAGAUCCACAGAUUUGGAACUCAGUUGAUACUGUGGUUUUAUUUCCUAAUGCCAUGUCCCACGAGGAGCUAUUUGGCAGCUUCUGUGAAAAGAGAGGAUGGCAAGAUGGAGCUAUUACAAAAGUGGUGAGAGAUUCAGGACAGUGGGAACACACACGUUCUAAACUGUUCAACAAUAAGAGGAGACGUGAUCAGACACCAACAGCCAAAUGGCUGGUAAUGGACGGCGAGCCUGUUGGGCAGCCUGGCUGGUUAGAUUACUUAACGACUCUGUGCAGCCCCGAGGAUCCGUUCCUCCUCCUCUCAUCAGGGGAGAAACUGGUGUCCACCCAAUCCUCCCUAAAGCUACUUAUGGAGAUCACCGACCUCAGUGAUGCAACCCCCUCUGCAGUGACCCGCUGUAGCUUCAUUCAUUUUACAGGAAGCGAUCUGUGGAAGGCUGUGUGGAAGAAAGAAAUGGAUGUUCUCCACUCUGAAUACAAACUGGAUCAAGGAACCUUGAAAAUGUGGAAUCGUCUCGCUGAAGAUCUUUUCUCCAGCACUCUUGGGCAGAUGGCAUUAACCUCUGCAGUCCAAAGGGAAGGACACUCUCUCAACAGCUCCGCCUAUGGACUGCAAGAAAUCACGUCAUUUGGUCGGAUCCUAACCGCCCUCCUGCAAAAUCUAAGGAUACAAGUAGAAAAAGCUGAGGCCACACUUGAAGACAAAGCAGAUUCUACUCUACAUGGAGCCAGUACAUCAGACAUCGGUGCACAAAGUCAACUCACCAGAAACCUCUUUCUGUUGGCUUAUAUUUGGGGAUUUGGCGGACAUCUGCAUCCUCGUAAAUGGCCACACCUCGACUUGAUAGUUCGCAAAGUGCUGUUUUCCUGCCGGUACAACAUCAUGGUUCCUGACGACGAGAAUGUGUUUGAACACUUUUUUAACCUCUACGGUAAAAUGUGCCCAAAGAAAACACUGUUGACAAACAACAUCACUCCCAAGUUUGGGAAAUACACCUUUCUACUGAGCCUCAUGCUGGAGGCAAACCAGCCAGUGCUGCUCGCAGGGGAUCCCAGCUCUGGAAAAACCAGCCUGUGUCAAUCUUUGCUAAGUUUUGACAAGCCAAGCAUCAGCCUGACAACCAGUCCGUCCCUGAGCUCCAGAGACCUGCGCACUAUACUGAGAAACAUCAGCUGCCCGAAGUACUGUAAAGAUUCUGUGGGAUCUGCGACCAAGGAGCAGAGACUCCUUCUGUUUGUGGACGAUUUGCACGAAGCCCCCUGUGAUGUCUUUGGGAAGACAUCGUCUGCUCUAGAAUCUCUACGACAGAGUAUUUCAAAGGGACAGAUUCUAACGUUAGAUACCUACCACUUCAAGCCAUUGUGUUCUGGACUCAUUGGUUACAUGGCUACCUGUUGUGCCUCUGGAUCGGGUCACUACCACCCUAAUGGGAUAUCCUCCCGGCUCUCACGCCUGUUCUCCAUCUUUGUCCUCCCAAGCCCAUCUACAGACAUCAUACUGUCUGUCCAUUCUCCAAGGCUACAAGCUUGGCUCAAAGGAAUGCCACUUCAACAGAGUGGGGAGAAUAUGGCAUGUUGUGUCGUCACUGCAACUAAAACUCUAUAUCACGCUGUAUGUGACCAAUUCCAGCCGAGUGAACAGAGGCCCUUCUUCAUGUUCUCCCAUCAUGACUUGCAGAAGGUGUUUCAGGGGAUGUACCUGUGGCGGCCAAGCAUCCAAAACACAAAGAAUAAGGUCGUUGCUCUACCUGGGUUUCCUCCCGACCUGCCAGAGACAGAAGCAUCGGUUCUUAAAGUAGCACAUCUCUGGAUGCAUGAGUGCAUGCGUACUUUCCAUGAUAGAUGCUCUGAGGAGGAGGGGAAAACUCUUGUGUCACUUAUAGCAAAGGUUGCAGCAACAGAGUUUGUCAUAAGAUCGGACACAGCACGCGCCUGUGAAGAAAUACAUCAGAGUCCAGAAACAUUAAGUCUGUCACUAGAGCCAGAACCAGCUGCCCAGUCAGACCUGAAGGAAGACGAAACUCUGCCUGAACCUUUCCUUUUGCCUGAAAACCAUUCUUCAGAAGUUGAAAACCUAACAGCUCACCCUCCACAGCUCCAGAUCUUUCAGCACUUUGAAGAAACAGUGACCGGGCUUGUAUAUGGUCCAGAGCUCUCAGAGACCUGGAGUCCAAUUGAUCCACAACACGGCUCUAAAUGGAGCUUUUGUUACAAGGAGCAAGACCUUGACGGGGUGCUGCGUACACUCCCGGCUAUCCUUGACCGAAUUCGGGAUGACAAAGGACCUGACGUUGAUAAUAACUACAUUACAUCCAGAUACAUGUUGCACAGACAGAGAGUGAGUCAACUGUUACACAUACUCCGAGCUUUGCUCACACCUAAAGGUCACGGAGUACUGAUUGGCGCAGACAAAGGAACAGGACGUAAAACCGCUGUACGUCUGGCCGCCGACCUGACAGGCUACCCGUUGAUGGAGCUGCAUUCAGGUAACGAGAGCAAGUUGCACGAAAUCCUCAAAGAGGCUGGGAAUCAAUCGAGAGUGGAUGGAGUUCAUGUCAUCAUACUGGUCCAUGAGGAUAUCAGCCAGGCUGUGAGAGAUGAAUUGUUGGCGGCAAUGGAGCGCAGAACCUUCCCAGCGCUCUACACGGAGGAGGAGCUGAAGAACCUGGUUUCCAGUGUGAUGGACCUGACGAGGUCGAGACAAUACCUCAUGGAUAGUUGGAUGCUUGAGAAGUACUUGAGCAAAGUCCACAAAAAUGUGCAUGUGUUCCUCAUGAUGUCGUCCACCAGCGAUGGAACCAUUGUUACUCAUAGACAAAUGACCAAGACCCUGAGUCUGAGCUGCUGCGUUGAGUUGUACCAGCCGUGGUGCAUCCAGUCUCUAGCUAGAGUUGCUGCUCAAUUUCUCAAAACCAGUCCCCACAAAAAGGAGAUACACGGCUCACUGACCGGCCUGUCAGUGGCUAUGGCAGGAGUCCAUCAAUCUGCACGUCGGUAUGCCUCUGUCCUUCUCAAAGCUCAGCCUUUCAACCCUAUGACCUACAUGGAGUUCAUCUCCCACUUCGGUUACCUCUGCAAACACCUGCUCAAACAGAGGAAGAGACUAGCCACCAGAGUUGCCUAUGUUUUGGCUCAUGUGGAUAUUUUGAACGCAGCAACUCUACGGAACAAAGUGCUCUUAGAGAUACGGAGGAAAAAGGUUGCUGACGCCCAGCAGCGUGAGACAGAUCUCAUCAAAGCUAUCGACGACCAGACAACCCUGUUUGAUGAAGUUAACUUCGAAUGUGCCGAGGUGAAGAACAAGCAGCUGGACGUGGAGGAACAGUUUAAUAAAGCUCAGCACCAGUUGAUGCCUGUGUUCCUGUCAUGCAAAAACCUUCUGGAUUGCCUGGAUUUCUCCGACCUGGAGGAGGUGCGUUGCUACAGAGACCCCCCCGUUGGAGUGGUCACGGUCAUGGAUGCCAUUUGUCUGCUGUUUAAUCAUCCAACCGGCUGGGAGAGCGCUCGACUGCUUCUUAGACGCCCUAACUUCUUUCAAGAGCUGGAAUUCUUUGACCGGUUCACGCUGACGCAAGCACAGCUGUGGCAGCUCCGCCAGAUAAUCACCAAUCCUGACUUUGUGCCCGAGUCUGUACGAGAUGUGAGCAAAGCUUGCGAGUCCCUGUGUCGAUGGGUCACGGCUUUAUAUGGAUACUACUCUCUGCGACACCAGCUGCUGGUCAGGCGUCAGCUGGAGGAGCAGGACAGAGAAGUACGAGCUCAGCUGCACCAGGCCAAGCGGCACAAAGAGGAGGAAUUCCAUCACCUGGCGGAUUUGAAGCGUCACCUUCUGUUAGUACAAAAGCUCCAAAAAAAGCUUCUUCCGAAGCUGCAUCAAUCAGAGAAGAUGGACAGAGAAUUUACUGCAACUGCCGAGCAGUUAGAGGAAAAUUUCCAAGACUGGAGAGCUGCUGCUAAGGAGGCAGAGUUACAAAAGCACAACUUAUCGGGAGAUGCCCUGGUCCUGGCUGCUGUUGUGGCUUAUUUAGGACCAUUUCCUUCUGAUGUGCGCACGGAGCUACUCACCAAGUGGAGGAACCUGUGUGAGACAGGAAGUAUCAACCUGAACCCAGAGGACCCUAGAACAUCCCUGUUUCCACAGUCAAACCCUGCACCUCCUUCUCCACCUCGGGGUUUUCCCAUCCCUGUUUUUGAGAGUUCGCAGCUUGCUCUGGGUCGAGCGUUGGGUCUGAGCGACCUGCAGAUCCAGAACACUGUAUCUUCCAGAGUUGUGGUCCAGCUGCUGCUGUGGGGCUACAGAAACACUCAGUGUCAGCGCUGGCCUCUACUGGUAGACACCCAGCAGCACCAAGAGAGAAGCUCCCAGAGCUGGUUCCUCACAGGUGACGAUAUGGAUCCUGACACUGACUGUGAGAUGGUGAUUUGUGGCGAUGACCCAGAGCUGCUGGAGAAACUGGACCAGGCUGCUGAGCAGGGUUUUAGAGUCCUGUUAACUGGAGUGGAACAUGUGACCCCCAGUUCUCAGCUUCUAGACAGAUUGGCGCCCCCUGCUGGAUGCUGCCCUCCAGGGAUGAAGCAGCAGGCUCAACCCCCCCACCCUGAUUUUCGCCUCUUUCUUAGCACUAAUCUUCCCGUCCGAAUGCUCAGCAGAGAGAUCCAUCCAUCCAUCCUGGCUCUCGUCCACGUGGUCGACCUUUCUCUGAGCUCGGCAGAGAUGGAGGAGCUGAUGCUGACGCUGCUGCUGCGAUCCGAGUGUGAAGGGCUGCUGAUUCAACACCGACGGCUGCAGAAUGAAAAGCAGCUGCUGCAGGAGAAACUAGUCAGAGAAGAGGAUGCUCUGAUGAACCACCUCCUUCAGUCCAAAGCCUCGAGGCCGCCUCCUCCGGAUUUCCUCACCAGCGCGGCCGUUUUUCAAGAGGCGAUGAAAACCCUGCGGGCUGAGAUCCAGCAGCUGAGCGAGGAGCUGGAGCACCACGAGGCGCUAGUGAAUCCCCCCCGACAGCUGGUGAGAAUGGCCGCCUCCCUCUACCAGGCGCUGCAGGAAGUGUCCCGUCUUUCCCCGGCCUACUACUUCUCCCUGCGUGACUUUAUCGAGGUUAUGCAAGACAUCUUCAUUGAGAAGGGAAGGCCGUUGGUGCCGUUUGCCAUCGGAAAAGAGCCGACUGGUUUAAAGCCAGAGAUCACAAACAAGAUGGUUUCCCGGCUGCUGCUCCACUACAGGCCUCUUCUGUUCAAGAGUCACUUCUCUGUCCUGAAGCUGCUGGUGUCUGUGGCUCUGCUGCAGCACAACCAGCUCUGCUCCGAGGGCGAGAGGGCGGCCUUCCUCACGGGCCUUCAAGACAUCGGACAUCAACCCUGUCUCCCGGCGCAGACCCUCCCACAGACCACCACUCCACUGCCCAGCUGGACCCCCCCUCAGACACACCCAGAGCUCCUCAGCCUGGACAGGGUCCCGGCCUUCACAGGGCUGCUCUCCUCACUCUCCACCCACCCCACACAGUGGCAGGAGUACCUGCGCCUCCCAGCCUCCACUGUGGUGGGCGCUGUCCCCUGUCUCUCACACUCCCAUCUGUCCCUGGUUCAACGGGCUCUCCUCUGGAAAACCUUGAACCCGAACCGCCUGGAGGGACUGGCCGACAUGAUCUGUGCCUCCCAGCUCUGCCUGCCCGUUCAGACUGUGAGGUCUGAGACCCCCCACACCGGGAACCCAGGGUCUCUCUCACGCUACCUGCUCAGACACGAAGGAGCCAUCACUCUCACCUUGCCGAGUCCAGGAGGAGACGACAGGACCAGUACUCGGCCUCUUCACUUAAUAAACACACUGGCUGAGUGUGUAGGAGAAACCGGGGUGAAAGUCAUUUCUUUAGGGGCUCUGUGUGGCAGAGACGUCCUCCUCUCAGCGCUGGACAAAGCAGUGGACGACGGCCACUGGUUGGUUUUUAGCGACUGUCAUCUGCUGGAGCGAUGGGACGGAGAAGUAGUGGCUCGUCUCGGUCAGCUGAUCUCCUCUUUUAAAGAAGCACGAGGCCCAACUCACCCGGGCGUCCGCUUGUGGUUUGUAACUCAAGAAUGUAAAUCUCACCACAUACCAGUGACAGUGCGAAUGCGCUGCCUUCCUCUGGUCUGUGACGCCCCCUGGGAUCUGAAGGAGGAGCUGAGCCGCUCCCUGCAUCAGGUUGUUUGCAUCGCACGGACUCGAUCGCCGUCGGGGGGGAGGGCCAACAACAUGGAGCUCCUCCUCCGCUGUGCCGUCUUCCACUCCGUCCUGCUGCAGAGACAGACCUGUCAAUACUUGGGCCAGGGCAGAAUCUACAACUGGGACCAGGGCGACCUCCUGGCUCUGGUGGAAGCUCACAACUGCAUCAGCCGUCUCUGUCCAGUCCAGACCAAAGCUCUGCAGUAUCUAGCAGGCGACCUGGUGCACGGCGGCCAUGCGCUCGACUCUGCGGAUUUGGAGCUGGUGGAAAACACGGCCAAGGCCUGCCUGAGCAGAAUGUCUCCGCUGUGGGGCCGAGGACCACACGUCCUCUCCGACAUCAUCAGGAACCCCGGCCAGUUCGGUUUGACCGGAUUGCUGCAGAUCCUGGAUCAGGGUCUUCAGGAUGCAGCGGACAUCACCGACCCGGCCGUGCUGGGCUUCGACGUGGUCGUGGCAGCCGAGAUGAUCAAGAUCAACAGCCACCAUUUGAACCUUCUGCUGCAGGCCUCCCAGAAUCCCCUGGGAACAGCCAGGAGUUCCCGUGGCGCCCUCACACUGCCGACUAGCAGCCAGGCCAGAGACAGACUGCUGGCUCUGAAGAGUUACCUCACACACAGGAGGGAGGGCAGAGGUAGAGAAGCUGUUUCCCACGGCUCCCUGAGUGACUUCCUCCGGGCGGAGUGGGAGGAGCUUGUUGAUACGGUUUCUUCGCUCCUGUCACAGUUGCAGCAGUCCGUUCAACACGGCACGCCGACCUUUCUCUCUCUCGCCGCCCUGUCUCGUUUGGAGAGGAGGGCGGAGCUUCUCAGCGCUUAUGUGGAACGCAGGGACACCUCAGAUCCACCCGGUGCAUACCGACUCGCUGCUUUCAGCAACGCCAGAGGAUUCCUGGUGGCUAUAAUGAGGAAGGCGGCUCGAGUAAAUCUCAGAUAUAUCAGUGAUGUAGAACUGCAGUUUCAGGUUCUGAGUGACAGCAGGACCCCGGACCCCCCCCCUGUGGAUGCUGUGUAUCUCUGUGGCCUGGAGCUCAGAGGGGCUUCGUGGGACCCUCAGCUGGGAGCCCUCCAGGGAACAGACUCUCCACAGCCAGGCUCACUCCCCCUUGUGUGUGUCACGGCUCACGUCAGGAGCAUAACUCACACCCGAGAUAAUGUUCCGGACUUGGAGGCGUCUUCGUCGACCGCACCCCCCCAGCUACCAGUCCUCCACUGCCCCCUGUAUCUAGAUGAAGGGCGAGAGCCGGGAGACUCGGGGCUGGCCGACGCUCAGAUUAUUACUAAGAUUCCUCUUCACGCCAGUUUAAAUCCAGUUUUGUGUAGUUUAAGAAGAGUGAGGCUAGUGAGUCUGCUCUGAAGUGUUCAUUAAAUAUUUGUCGUCUUUCACUGACAUCCAAUGGAACCUGCACACAAAUGAAAAGACCCUGGAUUUGCUAAAAGAUGCCUCAAAGAAUGUCUGAUCCUCAAGUUCCUUUGCAGUUACUGUGUAAUGUCUGUUUGUAUAUUUUGUCUUGUUGUACUAAUUUGUAAAACUUUAGAAUUUUCAAUUAAA